GGAUGAUGGAGAAGGGAGGCGGAUUAUAGCGCAGCGUCAGUGCCCGGUGCCCCGUUCAGACCAUAAAACAACAAACACAAGAGAAACAAAAGGCGCGUUCAUUGCACCUGUGUGUGUGUGUGUGUGUGUGUGCGUGUUCAUCCUGCACGCUCCACGUCAGCAUCUCUCCGUGCUCUGCCUCAGUCCAGCCCACGGCCACUCAGCAUGUCUGUGUCCGGCUCACAGACGCCAGAGGACGGACUCUAUGGCUCCUGGGUUGAGCUGGAGGAGCUGAUUGCAGCUGUGAGCCGCAGGGAGAGUCUGACAGGGCAGCAGGACAACAUCUCCUCUGCCCUGCAGGGGGAGCUGGAGAGGAUCCUUCUGGAGGCGCAGCUUGAGAGCGAGAGGAAUAAAGACAGUCCUCCACAGGUGGUGACUCCACGGUCCACUGAUUCUCCAAGAUCCAACAGUGAUCAGGACAGUGACUGUGUCACUAUACAGGAGGAGGCGGAGCGGCGAGUGGACACAGACUGGGUGUGGGAUUGGUCCAGUAGACCUGAAAACAUGCCACCAAAAGAGUUUGUGUUUCAGCGGCCAAAGCAGCAGAGCUCCCUCAGUGUGAGGAAGACAGAGGUGAUGAAGAGAAGACUCUUCUCCUCCGAUGUUCUCCUCGUCCUUGUUCCCUCAAUGCUGGUUUCACACCUGCUCACACUUGGCAUUGGGAUAUACAUAGGAAAAAGACUGGCUGCCUCCACGACCAGCACGCUGUGACCCUGGCUGUACACUCGGCGCCGACUUGCAAACAGUCUGGCCGAGUCCACCCUCUCUACCGCUCUAAUUUGCCUCCUUCCUCCGUCAUCAAGUGGCAAUAUAGGAUCCUGCCCGUCUGUACCUCUGUCUCUGUUCAUCUGUACGUCUGCCAACCCAGCAGCGCUCUGCCAGUUAGCCCCUCUGUCAGUCUGUGCAUGUCAUAGAGCCCAAGGAGUGGACGACCGGUGAGUCAGUGUGAGGUCACGUUUACCCUCACCAAAACAAGUAACGCUGACCUCAACUAGCUAAAGCGUCGGAAAGAGAGAAGAUACAAGCGAAGAGAGGGAGAGUUUCACCCAACUAACUAGAACAAUAAAUCCCUUUGAUAGGAAGAGAUGAAACCAGUUUAGCCGGGCGCUGUGUGCAAUGUGUACAGGCAAAAUGAGAAAGGUAAUAUGUGGCAGUGUUUCACCCAACCUGUGAAAGAGCCAAGUGUCUGUAAUUUGUCAAAACUAAUGACCCUCUGUGAGACUGAGCUGCUGUAAGUGGUUCUUGGAGGAUUUCUGCCAUGAUGGUUUAUCUAUCGUAGAGAGUUUUAGUUGGCCGAGGGAAUGUCGCGGUGGCUCUGGUCGCGCUUUGUGUCCCACAAACCAAUUCAAUAUUUGACCUCUGACAAAGACAAUCAUGAACCCAUUAAACUUCACUCCUCAAAACA